GGGGGUAGAAUUUGUGUGUUUUCUUGAAACUUUGCCUUGUUUAGAAGGAAGGAAAAAAUAUGGAUUGGAAUGGAAAUAUUAGACCUUUUGUUUCAAGACCAGUUAUUGAUAAUUCUCUCAAUUUUCUCUACAACUACAAUUAUGACCAAUAUCAAGGUAUGGAAAUGAAGCAUGCAAUGCAAACACAACAUGGUGGAGUACAAGUCCCAACAAUGGACAACAACAACAACAACAACUUUGUACUCAAUCAACAUCAAUUGGACAAGAAGAAAAGGUUGUCAAGUGAUCAAUUAGAGUCACUAGAAAAUAGUUUCCAAGAAGAGAUAAAACUUGAUCCAGACAGGAAAAUGAAAUUGGCUAAAGAACUUGGAUUACAACCAAGACAAAUUGCUGUUUGGUUCCAAAAUAGGAGAGCUAGAUGGAAGGCUAAACAACUUGAAAGACUCUAUGAUUCACUUAAACAAGACUAUGAUGUUGUUUCAAGGGAAAAACAAAAGCUUCAAGAUGAGGUAUUGGCAUUAAGAGCAAUUUUGAAGGAACAAGCCACAAAGAAACAAGUAAAUUCCACAGUUUACACUGAAAUAUCAGGUGAAGAAACAGUUGAAAGCACAUCAAUGCCAAGUUCCAACAAGACAAUUACAAGAGGAAUUACUAUAAGUAACCAUCAAAAUAAUAACAAUAUUAUGAAUAAUAAUAAUAUUGCUGAAUGUAGCUAUGUUUUUAAUAAUGUUGUAGAUGGGCUUAAUCCAGUGAUGCCACCUUAUUGGGCCACUUUGCCAACAUAUCCAUGAAGUGAGAUUAAUUUAACUUAAUUGUGCUACUUCUAAUUAAUUUGUUAGGUUUAAUUUUCUCUUUAAUUAGCACCUAAGACAGAUUAAUUAGAAAUUGAGAAUAGAGUAGUAGCAGAGUUUAGUUUGAUAAGUUGAUGUUAUAUUUAAGAUUAGGAGU